GCCACGUUGAGUACCACACUUUCAGUAUUCAUCAGUUAAUUUCCCCUCCUUUUCCCGCCGUUUGAACUGGCCUCCUUUUUCUCCUUCUUUCUUCAUAUCUCCAUACCACCACAACUACUUCAGAAUAUGGUUCACAAAUCCGCCAAAUCGAUCUCACGCUCCAGUACUUCUCGUUACAUUGCUGGUGCCUCGUCAGCCUCGUCAGAUCCAGAUAUGGACCGGAAAGUCUACAUUCCGCUCUGUUUCUGCCUGAUCUCCUUCGCUGUCAUGGUCUACGUGAAUUGAUUCGGGAUACGGAAGUGAACAAAGAACAACCAUCACAUCCAUGAAACCUAUCGUCCCGCUUCCCAAAGCAACUACAAAGUAUAGACCAGCAUGGUGCCCGGGAUCGAGCCCUCAAGCCACAUGUGCCCACCACUCACCGCCCCACCUCGAGCGGUUCGACACGGCCAUCACCGAGACAACGCUCCAGAGCACGAUGCUCAAUGCCCAACUGCGUCACUCCGGUACACCACGUAUCAUGGACUUUUUGUCGAUCUGAGGACAUACAACGUACAACAUCCUGUUAUACCCGCAGGAACAGCCAAGUGUGAGGAUAACAACAAUCGAGUCUUAACUACAAUACAUCGACCUCGUUGCUCCAGCGACGCAAGUGAAAGGAGCCUGCAACAUUGUUAGCUUUCAACACAUUGAUUGACCUCCAUGCUCAACGCACUUGAUCCGACAUGUCUGGAACAUUAUCGGAUAUUGCGCCUAUAUCCCCCUGGUUUUGAUUGUGCCGAAGGCAGCCUUAAGGCCAACCUUGCCUGGUCGCAUUACUUGUCGGGGAUACGCGCAGAGCAAAUUGAAAUAUGUAUGUUUACAUAUAUAUGCAUAGAGUGGAUACAAGUCACUUUUCUUUCUCCUUUGUUUUUUCCUUUCUUUUCCUCAAAAAAACUUAUCGUUAUACCCAAACUUAUACUACCAUAGCCGAUCGUUACAUCUUCCUCUAUAUAUUCACAUUUAGCAAUCCAAGCCUACUUAUCUUGAUCGCACAUGUCUCGUAUUUACUCUCGAAUAGCUUAAGCGUAGUGUAUCAUAACAUCCAUUUACUAGAGCAAGAAUAUUAUAUAUAAGGUUAUCGUGAGACAAAAACACACAAAGCAAACUGCGCCCCGAACCGCAGCCUCCAAACUGUUCAUCAGAAUACGCCAUAUGUUGUCUCGGUUUCUUUUAUAGCAAGAUUCACC